UUAUGUCAGUGAGGAUCGCUGAGUGAACAGCUCACUCUGUCCCGAGCGCUAUCCCUUAUACAAGCUAAAAUCCUAACAUGGCCUAUAAAUCAAUCUAUGAUUUCUCUGCUGAGACGCUGCACGGAGUGACGGUUCCACUCAGCAACUUCCGGGGGAAGGUGCUUCUCGUCGUGAACGUCGCCACCUUCUGAGGGUCGACCAUAGAGGAGUACCAUCGACUGAAUGCACUCAUGGAAAUGUUUGGUGACCUCAACUUCACCGUGCUGGGCUUCUCCUGCAACCAGUUUGGCCUUCAAUCCCCUGAGGUAAAUCAUGAAACCUUAAACAUCCUAAAGUACGUGAGACCCGGAGGUGGAUUUGUGCCAAAGUUUCCUAUCUUCUCUAAAGUGGAGGUGAAUGGAGCAAACGAAGAGCCGCUCUUCACCUUCCUGAAGGAGUAUUUACCCUUUGUCAACCCUGUUAUUGGAGACUUAAAGAAAUUCUACUGGUCACCCAUCACUGUCAAUGACAUCCGAUGGAAUUUUGAGAAGUUUCUAAUCACCGCAGAAGGCGAGCCCUUCCGCAGGUAUGAACUUCACUGCCCCAUCGAUAAAGUGGAGAAGGAUAUUGCACAGCUUGUGUAGAUGGACUUUGAUCAGGUUUAUCAGCGGUGGCGGAGUGACGGUCCCUCAGCCAAUGCACGUGUGCACCUGAGAUGGAUCUGAUGGGAAUAGGAAGGGGACUCGGAGCUUUAGUGCAUUCACUCUGAAGAAAAACUUUCCUUCAGCCACUGUUUGAUAUGUCGGUGUCUAUCUGAAAUAAAUAUGAAU